ACGGUUGGCGGCCGCCGUUGCCAUGGCAACGGGAGGACGCUAACCUGACAGCGGUCAGCUGAUCGCUUCAUUAAGCAAAAAUUCUACGUAUGGUUUAGAAGUCGAGGAGGACAAAUUCAACGCUUAUUUACGCGUUCUUGGCGUUGCUCGCGUUUAUCAAAUGCCCUCUCAGGCGUGGGGGAAAACUUAAGAAAUGUCCGAAAGCGAGGAGACCUUUUCGUCGCCAUCAGCGUUCGACACCUUCAGGACCAGCGUGGAUCACAUCUGCGUGCAGCUGGACAAACUCCUGGAGGAAAAUGCCACCCUGGACGAUGCCCACCGGUUGCCCGUGACCGACUUCACGGUGAAUCCGCAGAAGCUGAUCACGUUGCAGGAGAGCCUAAUCCAGUCGGAACUGAAAGUCGUCCGGGACGUUGAGAGGGAACGGCUGGACAAACUCCUCCAGUGCCACUUCCUGAAGAGCUCGGCCUGGGAUGAGAUGUGCGUCAAGUCCAAAUCACUAUUCUGCAUCACCAAGGACUCAUGCGUCAAGAACUACCCAAUCAGAGAACCCGACGUGAAUAGCUGGCAAAAGGUCUUGGAAGCUGUGUCCUUCAGACUCCGUGAACUGGAAGGCUCAAUCGGCGUGGAAUCGCCCGCUGGAAAAGGCAAGAGGAAGGAGAGCUCCUGGAAGAAGAACGUUGCAUCUGACACUUCCAGGAAGCCCAAAGGUCUGCAGGAUCUCUUGGACACGGCCAAAUCGAGCGGGAGAGACACGACUCAGAGCGGAGGAACAGGAGGGGCCGAUGACAGCUCUGCCUUCAACCUGGAGAGGGACGUGGACGGGGAGUUCUGCAACCACCUUCUCUACCCUCAGGAGGAACUGACAAGCAGGGAGAAGGUCGAGAGGCAGCUAGUUCUCAUUCAGUUCAUGACCAGGAAACUGAAGGACGCCUUUAAUGCGAGAUUUGACGGCGUCCACCAGAAGAAAGGGAAGGUCAUCGAGGAAGUUCAGAGACUCACUAAGAGGAAAAGACAACUGAAGGAGGAGCUAGCAGCCGUGAAGAAGGAGCAGCGGGAGAGCGCUACACAGGGCACCAAAGGGAUGAGCCUCAGUGUUGGGGGCACCAGUGGAGGAAGUAGCAGAUCCAUGUCUGACAGUGGACGUCCUGCCAGUGCUCUGCCAGAAGAGGACGACGAUGACGGAGACUACGACCCGCAGUGGAGACCAGAGGAAUGCCCGGAGCUGUUGCUGGAUGUCGAUGACUCUGAGAUAAGUACGGAGAACGUGAGUGUGGAUGGCACGAAGACGCCCAGCACGGCUAGGGCAGCCUCCGCUGCGGGAGGAGAAGCAGACGGUGGGAGGACUCCUCAACCUUCCUCCAAGUCCCCUAGCGGAGGGCCGCCAUCUAUUGGUUCAGAUGCCACCUGGGCAGAGGCGAGGACAGCUUUCCUCGCCGGUCCGCGCCCUCACAAGAGCAAGUCUGCAAAAACGCCAGCCGGACCAGGAACCAAGGGCCAAGACUGGACCUGGGCGGAAGCGAGGGCAUGGCGAGAGUGGAGGGCUGCCCAGGAAGAGGAGCAGAGGAAACGCCAGGCUCACGUUAACACGCUCAACCUCCAGUUGGAGAGAAUAACGCCCACUAUCAAGAACCUCCUCCAGGAAUUUGACAGCCAGGUUCUGACCCUCAUCGAAUCUCGGGUGUCCACUGACGAAGCCCUCAUGCUGUACCAGCUCGUCACUUCAAGGCUGCAGCGUCGACUGUACCACCAGGAAGACCUGCAGAGGAAACUCGCAGGUUUCCAAAAUCAACGCAAGGAGGUGGAAACCCGACUCUCUCAGGUGGAAGCCGAAGCCGAGGGAAGCCGGAGGGAGGAAGGGCGCGCUAAGGGCCGUCACGACCGACUUCUCGAGCAGCUGAAGGAAGAAGAAGCUGGCCUGAGGCGGACAAUAAUCAACCUUCCCAUCGAUCAGUACAACCAUCUUUUGUCUCUCUACACCAAACGAGCCACAGCAACUGUCCGCCAUCUGGAUCUCCCGAGCGCCCGAGGUGGAAUGACAGGACAACCCCCAUUGACCCCCUCGGGGGGCGGACCCCAUAGCCCAUUAAUGUCAGCUCGGGCAGAGAAUGUCGGGUCAGGCAUCAGGCCUUCUCGACCUCCGAGUAGCACCUCCAGAAGUGGCGACGACCAGAGACCGGAUGACCUCAGGGUGGAAGACGACCAGAUGCCCGAGGGGCUGACGGGGGGCGUCAGGACUUGGCGCCAGUUCCUGAAAUAUCGCAAAAGGCGCCAAGAACUCCUGGAGGAGGCGGAGGACGCAUCCGCCAAGAAAGCCACUGCGUCGGCCAACCUUCAGGCGAUGGACGUGCACAGGCAGACUCUCCUGCAGCAAGCACAGAAGGUAGACGAUGCAAUCUCAGAGGUCAUGGACGAGCUGACCCAGCUCGACCAGGACAUGGAGCUGGUGCUGAUCCUCCGCUGCGGUCAGGUCAAACUUGACCUGGACGAGGCUAUGGAGGAGACGCUGGAACCUUCCUUCGCAGACGCACAGCUUGUACCCCUGGAGGAACUGGACAAGUUGGAGUCAACUAUACAGAAAUGCGGAGGAGUCGACUUCAACGGAAAUGACGCCGACGGUGCAGGAGGUGGAAGGACGGAGGACGCUGAGGUCCAGGCCCUCCGCGUACUGAAGGGUCAACUGGAGCUUCAGGUGGAGAUCGCUAAGAAAGAUCUCCACCACAUGAAUAACUUCAAGGUUGGGAAAGAUGUGAUGUCAGCAGCCAUGGAUGUGGUUGAAGGGGAGAUGAAACAAGAUUCAACUCAGCUCUACGCAUCUCUCCAGAGACUUCAGCAGCUUCACGCAGACCGUGCCAAAGACGUCUCAUCCUCCUCAGACGCUCUGAACAGACGCAUCGACAAGACUAGAAAGCGCGUGGGAUCUCUCCAGCAGGAGGUUGAGUCCCUGGCCCUCGAAAUUGACGAGCUGCAGGGCAAGAUCACGCAGGCGCAACCAGAGAUGGCUGUCGUCCAACGUGAGAACAGGUUGCGACGCAUCAUGGCCUGCAACGACCUGGCAGCGCAGACACGCCGGAGGCAGGCGGCCAUCUUGGAUCUGGAGCACGAGCUGGAGACUCUUCGACUGAGGACGUUCCCCAUGCUCUCUCGACCUCCUGCAACCCCGUCCUAGGCUGAUCCUUUCAUCUGCUCAAGACAAGUCACCUAAACAAGCGCCUCCUGUCUGUUACUAUAGUAGAUUCACAUCAGCCGUGCAUCUGAUGUUUAGGCCAGUCCCUU